AUGAAGCCCCUUCUUGUGAAGCCUCUGUUUAUGAAGCCCCUUCUUGUGAAGCCCCUUCUUAUGAAGCCUCUUUAUGAAGCCUCUGUUUAUGAAGCCCCUUCUUAUGAAGCCUCUUCUUAUGAAGCCUCUGUUUAUGAAGCCUCUGUUUAUGAAGCCCCUUCUUAUGAAGCCUCUGGUUAUGAAGCCCCUUCUUAUGAAGCCUCUUCUUAUGAAGCCUCUGUUUAUGAAGCCCCUUCUUAUGAAGCCUCUGGUUAUGAAGCCUCUUUUUAUGAAGCCUCUGUUUAUGAAGCCCCUUCUUAUGAAACCUCUGUUUAUGAAGCCCCUUCUUGUGAAGCCUCUGUUUAUGAAGCCCCUUAUGAAGCCUCUUCUUAUGAAGCCUCUGUUUAUGAAGCCCCUUCUUGUGAAGCCUCUGUUUAUGAAGCCCCUUCUUGUGAAGCCCCUGUUUAUGAAGCCCCUUCUUAUGAAGCCUCUGUUUAUGAAGUCCCUGUUUAUGAAGCCUCUGUUUAUGAAGCCUCUGUUUAUGAAGCCCCUUCUUAUGAAGCCUCUGUUUAUGAAGCCCCUUCUUGUGAAGCCUCUGUUUAUGAAGCCCCUUCUUAUGAAACCUCUGUUUAUGAAGCCCCUUCUUGUGAAGCCUCUGUUUAUGAAGCCCCUUCUUAUGAAGCCUCUGGUUAUGAAGCCUCUGUUUAUGAAGCCCCUGUUUAUGAAGCCCCUUCUUGUGAAGCCCCUGUUUAUGAAUAUCCCUUCUUAUGA